GGCCCCUAAAGUGGCUUUUGCAAGGAAGGGGCGCUAGUUUAGUGUCAAAAUUACACUGAUCUGUUGCAUUUGGGCAAGCCUCAGUUUCCUAAUCCAGAAUAAACACACAAUAAUCUUACAGGUACAGAGGAUUAAGCAAAACUCAGGAGUGUAAGGGGUCCUGACAGCGCCACACUACCGUUCCCUGGUGACCAAUAAAGGAAUCUCCUUCCUUCCCUUCCCUCACUCUCCAGACCCAAGGCCGGCCGUGCUUUGGGCUUGCUCCGUGCCACAUUCCAAAUCCGCGGACCUUGAAUUCACAGGUAGCUCAUGCUUUAAAAUCCAAUUCGCAGUGAGCGGCGCAUUUCUUAGCAAGAGGUGGCGGCGGGUUGACCACCUGGCGGCAGCUGCGUGCUGAAACAUCUGGUCCUUUCCCCAAGGAGACAGCCCUGGUGGGUUAAAAUUCUGGACCUGUGACUUUCCAAACGCAGAUGGCCACUUUACUCACCCUGUUUACGUCUUUGCAAAAUAGAACUAUGCUUCCAUGUAGAUGUUGGAAUUAGAUUAAAUAGUACGUGUAAACUUCCUUUAUACGAAAUUAUCUUUGCAGACCGACACCCAAAGGGAAAAAAGCCUUCCCAGCCUUUGAAAGGAAGGGGCGGAGCCAAGAUAUCGGUCGUUCGGCGCUCCUCUAGGCAACCUAGUCACGAUCAGACGAGCUGCGAGUGAUGGAUGCUCCUCGCGCCUGCCUGACUGCUGAGAGAGCAGCCCUGCUGAGAUCAAGCGGAACAAGUUGUCACCAGCCCCGGGCCAACAGUGACACCGUCCAAAAGCUAGAGGUGCUGAGCUGUCACAGCUGACCUGGGGCACAUGGCAGAAGGUACCGAGGAGCCUGGAGAUGCCCUCUGGGAGGCCCUCGUGGCACUCCUGCCAUCCACAAAGGAGGACCUGAAGCUGGACCUUGGUGAGAAGGUGGACAGAGGCGUGGCGCUGCUGCUGCGGCAGGUGGUAGGACUCUUCCACGGGGGCCGACGGGCCGAGUGUCUGCAGGCCAGUGAGGCCGUCCUGGACUACGCAUGGGAGAGGCUCAACACCGGCCCGUGGCAGGACGUGGACAAGGCCUGGCGGCAGGUGUAUGCCUUUGGCUGCCUCCUGAAGGCCCUGUGUCUGUGCCAGCCACCUCGGGAGCCCACCGCUGUGGCCGCAGCCCUGCGCGUGUGUGACAUGGGCCUGCUGAUGGGCGCAGCCAUCCUUGGGGACAUCCUCAUCAGAGUUGUGGCUGUCCUCCAGGCGCACUUGGUGUCGGGGAAGAGGCCUGACUGCAGUCCUGGCCAGGAGCUGCCCAGCUUGAAGAAAGCGAAGCGUGACCACGUUUCUGCUCCCGACAUGAGGUCAGAAAGAGCAGUGCCCCGGCUCCGCUGUCCCUCCCUCCAGCACUUCAGAAAGUACUUCCUGCUCCCAGGGAGGCCUGUGGUCUUGGAAGGCGUGGCCGACCACUGGCCCUGUAUGAAGAAGUGGAGCCUGGACUACAUUCAGGAGGUGGCUGGCUGCCGCACGGUGCCCGUGGAGGUUGGUUCCAGGUACACGGACGAGGACUGGUCUCAGCACCUCAUGACCGUCAGCGAGUUCAUCAGCAAGUACAUCACGAAGGAGGCCAAGGAUGUCGGGUACCUGGCUCAGCACCAGCUCUUUGACCAGAUCCCGGAGCUGAGGCGGGACAUCAGCAUCCCCGACUACUGCUGCCUAGGCAGCGGGGAGGAGGACGAGAUCACCAUCAACGCCUGGUUCGGCCCGGCAGGAACCGUGUCCCCGCUCCACCAGGAUCCCCAGCAGAACUUCCUGGCCCAGGUGGUCGGCAGGAAGUACAUCCGGCUGUACUCCCCGCAGGACUCCGAGGCGCUGUAUCCCCACGAAACCCACCUCCUGCACAACACAAGCCAGGUGGACGUGGAGAACCCCAACCUGGAGCAGUUCCCCAGAUUUGCCGAGGCCCCCUUCCUGUCGUGUAUCCUGGCGCCUGGAGAGAUCUUGUUCAUCCCGGUCAAAUACUGGCAUUACGUGCGGGCUCUGGAUUUGAGCUUCUCCGUCAGCUUCUGGUGGUCAUAGCCCUGCGAGAGUGGCAGGCCUGGGACAUCACAGUAGUUCCUUAGGCGGUGGCCAGGGCAGGAGCCUCGCCCGGUAGGUCAGGCCACCCAGGCCGGGGCGGCUUGCAGGGGAGGCGGCCGAGCAAGCAGGAAGGACCCGGGCCCGCCAGCGCACGCUCACCGAAGAUGACACCGGGAAGCGGUCAGAAAGCACGGCGUCAGCGCACCCGCUUGGUCCCAGCCUGCCUUUGGCUUGUCGCAGACUGCGGUGGCCUUUGGGCCCAAACCCCUCCCUACACAGUGCCUGUGUCCUCCAAAAGCAAGAGCAGCACCGGUCCUCAGAAGAGGCUUCGGGCUGUGCGCGGGUGGGCAGCAGAGCGGUGGCUGCCCUGCCAGUGACAGAGAGCAUUGCGGGCGGGAGUUAGCUC